UUGUUUCGUUUUCUGCAGAGUUCAGCGAAAGAAAGCUAGGGUUUUUGGUUUUGCUUCUGCGUCUGCGUCUGCGUCUGCGUCUGCGUCUGCGAAAAUGACCAAGUUCAGGAAGCUGGGUCGACCCACCGGUCACCGCAUGUCCAUGCUCAGAACCAUGGUCUCGCAGUUGGUGAAGCACGAGCGCAUUGAAACUACUGUUGCCAAGGCAAAAGAGAUAAGAAGACUUGCGGAUAAUAUGGUACAGCUUGGAAAGGAGGGAUCCCUAUGUGCUGCAAGGCGUGCUGCUGGUUUUGUGCGAGGAGAUGAUGUCCUUCACAAGCUGUUUACAGAACUGGCUUAUCGGUACAAGGAUAGAGCAGGUGGAUACACUAGGUUGCUUCGGACCCGUAUAAGAGUGGGUGAUGCUGCACCAAUGGCCUAUAUCGAGUUCAUUGACCGAGAAAAUGAGCUUAGGCAGUCAAAGCCACCAACUCCUCAACCACCACAGAGAACACCCCUUGAUCCCUGGACACGAUCUCGUCUCAGCAGGCAGUUUGCACCUCCUAAAGAGGAUAAAUCUGAAUCGGAUUUGUGAUCCGUUCAAAUGUAAUGCUGAUACUGUGUUUUUUUCCCCAUUGUGAGAUAUCUGAAUUUUGACCUUGUUUUUUUUAUCUAUCUCCUAAUGGCUUGCAAAAAUAUAAUUAUUUUCUGCCUUAUACUUGAAGAAAGUGUUCAUUGCUAUGUAAAAAUAAUUUGGCUCAUUGUAAUCGAGAAGGGAACAGAAAAAUCACAGAACUAUUUUCACUUAUAUGUCUGUCUCUCCCCUAGAGUUUUGGUGCUGUGCUUU